ACGUCUGUUACAGCGUUAUCCUGUCACCAUUUCCCACCAAUUUCGUACAACUUAUUCGACGGUAGACUGUGUACUUGUACUCCUGGUCCAUAUUUUCCACGCUCCCACACCUGUAUCAUAGGUACCGUAGUCGAAUUGCCAAGUACUGGCUUGGCGGUAAUCACUACAAAAAAAUUACCGUUAACUUAAGAACAAACUUCGAUUCGUAUCAGCACCAAUUACGACCAUGAAGCGACCGUCCGAGGCCGACGGCUCUGUGAAGCCGGAUGGCUUCAACAAACGUCGGAGACCGAAUAAGGUUACUGGAAAUGGCGCUGACCCAAAAUUAGCCCCGGAAGACAUCCAGACACUGCGGCAAUUGCAGAGUUUGUUCUGCGACUUCUCCAAACCAGAAGAGUUGAAUAACGGUGAGUACAAAGCCUCCAGUUCUUGCGAAAUUUAUUUGUCGGCUGCAACGUCCUCUGAUACGGCCUAGGUAUUCAAUGUUUUAAGGCUUUUCUGAAUCGGUGCUCUAAGGGGGCGGAGAUUCCGGACAAAGUUGCAGAUUUCAAUUUGAAGCUUCUGAAGGAAUGGUUGGAGAUACAGAGUAAGCGGGCUACGGAUGGCGAUGCGAAAGAAGGUCAGGCAAAUGCGUUUGGGGAUAUUUUACAAGUUUGGAGUUAUGCCUCACAGGUAAGGUCGCUUUUGCCUCCAACCUCUGGCGUUUGCGCUAAAUCUAGAAUCAGAAAAAUGCUCUUUCAUUACUCUCGUCGGUUGUGUCAUCGCUGGCUUGGGUAGUACGAAUAUGCUCACAGAACGAAGAUCUAAGGUCCAGCGGAUUUGUUCUUUGCAAAGCUAUUUUACAGCAAAGCUACCUAAAGAUAAUCUACCGAACACUGGUCUCUAAUAGGGAACAUGUUGUUGCUCCCUGCCUGAGAAUGCUUACAGAAGUUAAUCGGUUUGAUCAUGGGAGUGCUUGUGGAAUUUUGUUUUCAGCCUUCGACUUCACAGUAAAAGAUAUUACGAGAAACUUGGAAGUCCGGGGCGGAAGGGUUGAGACGAUAGACGAUUUGCGGAGGCCCACUAUUAGGACCACCUUUCUGAGAUUUAUCACAUCAUUUUUCCAAUACGGCAGCAGCAAUAUCAAGAAUCAAAUACUUGGUCUACGCCCUUGGAUAUCACCCAUGUUCAAAUACCUUAGGACAGACUCCCCGGUAGCCAUCAGUGAAGUGGUUGGAGCAUUGUCUAAAUAUAUUAUAGAGGACAAGGAAAUCCCAAGGGUCACUAAAACGAAGGUUUUCAAUGAGUGGGUGCUGGGCCAUAUAGCGGGAUUAUAUUGCCGGCGAGAGAGGGUUACAAUAUCGAAAGCCGGGAGAGAAGAGGAGAAAUCUAUUGCGGAGAUUGCGCAUGAGUUUUUGCUGAAUGUUUGUACUACUCCUGGGAACGGCAUUUGCUUCCCCAGUUCCGGAUGGUAUCCGCCGGGGUUGAUUGAAGGUGAAGAAAAACGUCGAGGAUCCGGGCCGCCAAAGGUACAUAACCGCACUCUAUCGUCGUUUAUCUCGUCUAUCAGACCCUAUUCCGACACACUUCAACAAGAUCUAUUGCUGGCUAUAUUCAAGGCGUGCCCAGAACUUGUGGCUAGCUAUUUUAUCACAAAUACUUCUUUCAGUUUCGACCCUAGGCUUACUUCUACAUGGAUCGGGUACUGCGGUUUCCUUACUGCAGCAAUUGAACUACCCAUACCAGAUCUCUUCGGACCGGCCGAGCUAUCUUCGACGCCUCCUCCAAUAAGUGUUAUUGCCGAGAAUGUAAUACCAAAUCCCUUAACUAAGGCGGUGUUGACAAAAUGCAUUUCUCACGAAAGUAGCUGCAAUCUGAUCAAAUUUUUAACAACACGUCUUCUGGUGGUCUCAUUUCAAAAACUCCGGAGGGUUCUGUCAGCCCUUGAUGAGGCUUCGGCUUCUAUGGUAGACCCUUCCAAAAAUUGGCUAAGGGCGCGGUUUGAAUUCAUUGAGGAAUUCUGCAAACGGGUGCCCGAUAUGUCGACAGUUUCGGGCUUGAUAAAGUCGUCCUCCGGGCUAGGAAUGCUACAGAGGGAAGCUACCAGCAGAUUACUCGUCUACUACUGCGAGACAUUACCAGAACUUGCAUUUGCGGGUAGUUUCGAUGUCACGCUAGCUUUGGGAACGCUUUUCGCAGAUGAGGAAGGGCCCUCGGGUCAAGCUGUUGAUGAGAAAGGAUUGGGAUUUCUCGAGAUACGUCACUUGUUGAGAGUUGCGAAAGAUGCCCCAGAUCUAAAGUGGUGGCACAAGCCAGGUAUAUUCCCGUAUAAUCCCGUUAUCAGAUAUACUUGCUCACUCUGGGGCACAGUCAUGAUGCCGUUCUCGCCCUUUGCAUCUAUCCUCAGGGCUUGCUGUGGGCCGAACUCAAAUUUCCCUCUACACCAGAUAAAGACCUUGCUUCAUUCAUUCGUGGCACCCAGUCUUUUAUUCCAAGCUGAAACAUUAGUAUCUCCUCUCGAGGCACUUCUAGAGAGUCUCACUGUUAUCGCUCAGCCAGCCACUUUUGAAGCAGCUCUAGUAUUCCUAGACGAGUCUGUAUCAAGGUGUAUUCAUGCCCCAUUCAAAUAUAUCGACGAUUGCGCUGAGCUUGUUCUGAAUAUAUCAGAGUCUCAGGGGAGAGGGCAAGGCACCGCGGCUGUGAGCCCUCUGGUCGUCACAACAACUGAGCAAUUCAGAUUCUUCAUAGAAUCAAAUGCCCCUCAUAAAGUGAAACUGGGCGUUUCAACUUGGUUGGCAAGAUUAAUGGAGUCUUGUGCAAUUUUAGGAGAAAACCGUUAUGUUCUUGCCGCUUUGUGCAAUCGUCUUGUCAAACUCUGCGGAUGUGACAAGGCAAGUAAAGCUGUUUUCAAACUGUUAAAACAGGGACUGCAUGGGAAAGGGGAGUUCCAACUUAUGAACAGCAGAUCACACGAAUCAACGUCAAUCAGAGACAGUGGGGGUGGCAUAGAUUCAGGAGAGAAGCACUCCCGAGAUCUGUUCAGGGGGUUAAGAACAUUAGAUACAGGGAUUAUUGAGAAUUUGCUGCACCUCUAUCGAUAUGGAGGCCAUGAUGUCUCACUCUUUGAUAUCAUGAUAAUUUGCAAAGCGGUAGGUGGCAUAUUGGGUGGGGGCGCGAUAAAUGAAAACGAUGCUUGCGCCUCCAUUUCUAAUCUACAAGGCCUUUUAAAAGCUCUCUUCAAGCGGAUACCUGGGGGUGAUGAGCUUCGUGAUCGUUCCGUAGCAAUGUUGGUCCACGAUAGUGUUUGGGUUGAGUCUUUUCUUCGCGUGCUAGUGGAUCCGGGAAAACUCCAACGGUAUAUCAUUUUCUCAACAGGUGAUUGCCCCCUAUGCCUACCAGACCGACUAGAGGCUUACUAAAUGGGUUUGGCUUUAGGAUUCUCCCAACUUCUUUGCUUCACCUUCGAUGGCUUUGAGCCAGUGUUGGAACCUUUUGUUAAGAGGUUCGAGGCGUCUAUGUUGGGCAUCAGCCAAUUCCUUGCCGAUGAUAGUGCUAGCACUCACGGGCAGAGUGUGAGCCAUAGCUACCCCUAUCAAGCCUAGAAACUAUGGCUAAUUGUUUUUUAGAUUUCCCUCAUAUGUGAACCCGUAAUUCUACAAAUUCUGCCCCUAGAGAAUCUUCCCAACCUGGUCAGUCCAAUCUUGAAGGGCACCAACGCGAAAGGGCUCAACAAACUACAAUUUGAUCUCCUUAGACUUAUUCUGGAGCGAUUGUCUACAAUGGGCAAGCAUCUGCCACCUCGGCUUUUGAAGGACAUUCUUGCGCAACUUCAGGGGCGCCUCCCUGACCAUGAGUCUUUUAAUAAAGCUUUAGGACAAUAUCUGCUUGGCUUACCGGAGAAGAGCGUAGAUGUGGAUUCCUUUUGCCUUAAUCCACUUGUACUGGAUCUUGGAAACGACCAUUCGGCAGCAAAGGCAGGUCUAGCGUGUGCGCUUAUAAGGAAAGUGGAUGCUAUACAAGAUCUCGUUCUCUCAUCUUUAGCCGAAACUUCUGGCUCUGCCAAGGUCAAGGAUAUCUCACCUUAUUUAACGGCGCUGCUCGAGACAUUUUCUAUGCCUGUAAAAGGUGCCGCUCGGUUCGAAUGGACAGCGAAUGCAAGCACCGAAGCCCGAGACCAGCUUGAUCAGAUAUUUGGUCGGUUCCAGGAAAAUCUCUAUAAGAAUUACCUGUCCUCUGAGCAGGUUACUCUCCUUCAACAAGCGGUGUCGUUACUCCCAUCCCUAGACAAGGGGGGAGCGCUCCAGAAUAUAAUACAAGACAACAGAAGGAGCAAUCUCACGGCAAAGACUGUUGACCUUAUCGACGCUUUAAUUGACUCUUUGAUCAACACUCGAGAAACAGCCGAUAUUCGAAGCUGGGUUCUGAGAGCCCUUGACUUCCUAACUCGGAUAUUUGAGGAAGAUGGAUUACUGUCAGAGGAGGUCCUGAUGUUCACAAAACGGCUAGGCGGAUUAUUUGCACAAAAAAGGAUUGACCUGUCAUCAUCGGCUCCACGAGCUACUUUAAAUGCUGUGCUUGAGUCGGGCCUUCAGAAACAUAUUGAUACCCCAGAGGUAGUCUAUUUUGUAACGGUUAUGGUUUCACAGUUGCCUCCUAAGGUAGAAUGCACACUCCUCUCCACAAACCUAAUAUUGUCUACUAAAUAUCGCAAUCAGGUUCUUAACGCUGGGAAGUUACUUCAAAUAGUCCUCGAACAUAGCAAGAACCCUCUUUUAUCCCGGAGGGGUACACCCGAUGAGAUCUCACACCAUAUGGCAUUCGUUAUUUAUUGCCUUUUCUCUGUUGCCAGAUUAUCUCAAUCCACUAUAACAACUCUGGAUGGGGUAUUGGGGCUAUAUCGCGGCACCAACGAUAUUAUAGACACUGCUUUUCUAAACAUUAUAUGGAGUAUCGAAGCGCAUCUAGCCCAGAGCUGCGCCAAUAGAAUCGCAGACUGGACAAUUCUUGAGAGAGCGGAUGGAAAGCCAUUUAUUUCGCGAGUCCGAGGCCGGCUUUUUGUCGUUGUGGAUUCUAAGAAGCUUGCCAGGAGUGUUUUCCAAUACUCUCCUCGCAGGGUGACCGUAUCCAAUUCAGAUCUAAAAACGUUUGAAUUGUUCAUGGGUGCUCUUACUGAACAGAAGGAAACAGAUUCCAGGACGUACAAUCCAGAGUUCUUGCUUCCUGCUCUCACCUAUUGCCUGCUGUCGGACAAUGUUAUCGUUGAUGUUCAGGCCGCCACCGAAAAACAUACUCUGGGUUUUGCUAUUAUGGCCCUUUGCUCCCAUAAUAAGAGUUUGAAUACCAGGGCCCGUAGCUAUCUCAGUACAGCUAUUGCAAAAUUGGAGGCAAGAUAUCACAGUGAUUUUUCCCAGCUUCCAGUACCCCCAUUCUAACACGCACAGACUUCGAUUUACCGGGAGAAAACACAAAUCUUGCAUCUCCUUUGCGCCAUAUUGGCCUCCUCUUCAAGCUACCAAAGACUGGAUGCUUCCCAACCCUCUCAUAUCCCUACAGUUGUUGGAGUUUUCCUCGCCCAACUAGUCCAAGUCCUAUCUAGUCCGAGCCACUUCCUCUAUGAAAAAGUCAUGGAACUCCUGCUUCGACAACCAUUGUUGAAUCUACACGAUGUCCCACACAUAAUAUCACUUUCGAAUAUGGGCGAGGAGUACCACAGGGAGAUUUUUUGGAUCUUGAAUGUGCUGGAAGCAGGUUUAAAGACUGAAGAGGUUUAUAUUAUUCUGGAACCAUUCGACGCUUCUGUUACUAAUUGCCCGCGUUUCCUAGGACCUCGAUCUAUACCGGAAACGAAAUGUAUUCGGCAAUUGCCUAAAUGUCUACAAUUCCCCUUACACUAGCAAUAAGGAGAAGGAAAAGGUCGUCGAACUGCUUUGGAAUGCUGCCGGAAUUGAGGGAGGUGGUACUACGCUCAUCACUCGUAACGGGAUUAUCUCUUGGACAGAGCACCAGUUGUCCGGGGCUCUCUCGGCAGAAGACAGAAUUCUGAUGAAAAGGCUCGGGGCGAGGUUGUUUGAGUCAUCUGCUAAGGAGCAUAUUAGUGAAUGGAGUAAGGGCGAUAUUGAAUACCAUCUGCGUGAUGGUAUACUUGGAAAAUAGUCUAUUACUUUGAGCCCAUGUAAUUGUAACUAUUUCGUUGUAUAUAAUUCAAAAGUUGUUAUAAAGGGCGGUCUUCUGU